CCUGCCGCCAUUUUGCGGAGCCGAGGAGGCCCGGAGGCGCCCGGCCCGCUCCGGCCGCGGGGAGGCGGCGGCGCAGUGUAGAAUAGCUCGUAAUUAACAUCUCAUUUGCAAAUGCGAUGGAAGAGGACAAGGCUGCAGAGGAGCAGGGCAUCCUACGGCUGAACGUGCGAGGAUGUCUGUACACCGCCAGGCGCCAGUCCCUGUGCCGCUUUAAGGACUCCAUGCUAGCUUCUAUGUUUAGUGGACGUUUUCCUCUAAAAAUGGAUGAGUCUGGAGCCUGUCUGAUUGAUCGAGAUGGAAGUUUGUUUAAAUAUCUUUUGGAUUAUCUUCAUGGAGAAGUUCGGAUUCCUGAGGAUAAACAGAUUCAAAUUGCAUUGCAGGAGGAAGCAGAUUAUUUUGGCAUCCCUUAUCCAUACAGUCUGUCUGACCAUUUGGCCAAUGAAAUGGAGACAUAUUCUUUAAGGUCAAAUGUAGAGCUUAAGAAGGCUUUGUUGGAUUUCUGUGAUUCUUAUAAUUUAAUCUGCACCAAGCCUACAGUUUGGGUCCUGCACUAUCUUGGCACUUCUGGGGCAAGCUGUGAGAGUAAAAUUAUUGGUGUGUAUGCCACAAGGGCUGAUGGGACUGAUGCAAUUAAAAAGGAGCUAGGAACAAAAAUUCACAGUAAAAGUAUCUACAAAAGAGAAGCUGGAAAUAAUGUCCAAUACAUCUGGAGCUAUUACUCUGAAGCUGAACUGAAAAAGAUGAUGGAUGCUUUCGGCACCUGGGAAGGAAGAGGUGUCAGCUACUGGAGAGUGCCGCAGGAGCUCAUCGAAUGCUGGACUCUUGAAGAGCGUUCUCUGAAAGGCAGUUUGCAUCAUAUGCCUCCAGUUCAUAAAAGACGCUUAAUUGAUUUCUCUGAAGUGGAAGACUACAUACCAUGCAAAGUGGGCCCCAAGCCAAUUAGAUUCUCAGGUCCUUCAACAAGUACACAUAUCAAAGUCAAGAAUUCAGCUUCAUUAAAGGUAGCUGCUUGCAACACUUCACAUUCUGCAGUAACUCUUAAACGACCAAAUAGUGAAAGUUUGAUACUGCACAAAGCAGCUUCUGUGUCCACAGCAUGCAAGCCAGAGCCCAGCAAUUCCCAGGUGCCCCAUGGAAAGCAGAGUGCUGAUGAUGAAGCACCAUGUCAAAUGACUUUCAACACCUCAGCGCCUAGAAAACCCAUACGCAGCCGUGCAGUAAAGCUGAAGCGAACUCCACUGUUUCUCAUGACACCUUCUCAGUCAUCAUCUGUGUCCAGUAAAACAAGUGAACAGGACAAAGCUGCUGCUGAAAUUCCUACUACUUCAACAGUACUAAACAAGAAAGAACCAGCUGCGUUAGCAGAGAGCAACAAGCUUAAGAGUAAUAAAGUGGAUGGAUAACAUUGGACUCAGCCUGAUAGGCUGUGUAGCUUGGGAACAUCUGGCCUAAGAACAGCUCAUCAUCUCAUAUUGUUAGUUAUUCAAGGAUUUGGUAGGAAAUCACGGUGAAGAUAGUGAAGAGUUAGUGAAGAGCAGAGGGAGAAAUGAAGUGUAUUUUCUGAUUUUAUUUCUAAGUACUUUUUAGAAGUUGGGAGGAAGAAACAUGGCUAAAAAAACUCUAAAACACACAGCAUGCUCAAUAUUAUGGUGUCUCAUUCAUAUUUGUGUCAGGCUGUACUACUGGCCUUUUAAAAGGAAUACAUGCACAGCACAGAAGACAACAGCUUAUCAAAUUCAGUUACAGUUAAUUUCCUUAAUCCAUAUAUUUCAAGUAGGGGAAAAAUAGUAACAAUGAAUACCAGUUAUUAGAUUCAAAUUUGUCACAAGUGUGCAAUAUACAGAGUACUGUAAAGACUUUAUUUUAAGCUGAAUGCACAAAUACUGGUACUUGCAGUGAGGAGAAGUUACCAUUUUAUUAUUGGUAGCAAUUAAAGGGACCAUCUUUACAUAUAGAAAACUGAUAAACAGGAAGGAAGAGCAUGACUAGGGAAUAAGGCAGUUUUUCCUUAGACCUGAGACAUGUACACUAGUUUCCUACUUGUCCUUCUUGUCCUCCCUUGUACUAGGGUGCAUUACAAGCAACGAUACUGAAGAGCUCCUGUAUGUUUCUACUAGCAAAGAAAAGCAGAAUUUGGCUCACUUUUUAAGAAGUCCUUUUGGACUUGGUUUAAAUUGGAUAUGUUUAAACCAAUGCUGUUUAAGUUCCCCACAUUUGGCUUCAUUUUGUGCAAUUGUUUGUGUAUGGCUGGGUACUGCUUUGUUGUUGCUAAUAAUUUUGCAACACAGUAAAUACACCUGGCUUUAGAUGUUGCAAAGUCCUAUCGCAUUGCCAAAAUGAAGUAUUCUUACAAUUUGCUUCUUAAAGUCUUUUGUUUUCUAGGUUAUUUAGAAGAAAUCACAUUUUUAGGCUUUUUGUCGUAACUGCAAGGACUUGAAAUUUCAUUUGCAAAGUAGAAAAGAGAAACAGCAAAAUUUCAAGUACUAACAUACUGUUUGAAGAGAUGUUUUUUGCUAUGAAUUAUAGUUAUGUAAAGCUGAGCAGUAUUGCAAUUUUCUACUAUUUACACGUAUAGUAAAGACCAGCCUAUCUUUAAAAUCCUUACACUACUGUAAUAAGCCUAAAAAGCCACAGAAAAGCCAAGGCUCUCCCCAUCCCACAGAAGAGAUUCACUUGAGACCAGAAAAAGCAGAAAUUAAGGGAGAUAAAUAACAAGUUUCAUUUUAGUGAGCGUGCAAUUCAUUGACACAAUGUAUACCAGUCUGAUUGAAAAGCAGUUUUUAAAUAACUACUUUCUGUGUGACUUUUAUUUUAGAACUUAGUGAACAGCUGAGCCCUUUACUGUAUCCAUUUAGGUCCUCUUACAAUGAUUCCUCUUCAACUUUGGGUGAAUUUGUAGGCUUCUUUCAACAUCAUACAAAAGCUCACAAGUCUGGAUUCUUGCAGAUAAGACUAAGACUGAUCCCUUUGGACUUCCUAAGCCUGUGCUAGUUCAGGGCUUGUCUAGUCAUUCUGGUAGUAUUUUUCACAUAACAUUCAUAUCAUUUGCAUUCCAGUGGCUUCAGUCUCAUCUUUGUCCUAGACACACUGACUUGCAGUUAAAAAAAAAAAAUUACAAAAUCAUUCCCUUUAAUUUCAGCAUAUGAAAUUGUGAAUGAAAGUGGCUGUGGUGAGGAGGUAGAGCAAAUUUAGAGACUUGAUUUUUUUUACUGGAUGAGAAACAAACAUGGCUUUUUAAAUAAGCACUUUUGUCUUUUUAUUUUUAAUCCCGUGAAGCUUGUUAACAAUCUGUUGUAAUGGAUGGACUGAUUUUAAACAGCUUUAUAAGAGCUGAACCUUCAAGAUGACUAUUACAGCUUUGUCUAUAUCCACCCAAAGCCUUUUAAAGUAUAAAAUCAAACAGCAUUUAGUCUUCUGCCUGGGAGGCAGAGAGCUGAAAACUUGCCCAUCCAAGGAUUAGUCAGCUCUUAACCUGGCUAACAGACUGCUCUUUUGAGGCCUGGAACAAAGAGCAGAAAUUCUGCAAGUCUGAGAGUUUCUUGCAGGUUCUACUUUCCUCAAAUCUGUACGAUCCCAAGUUUCUUCAAAGUCCACAGUUUUCUUAAUGUUUCACUCAUCCAAUUCAAAGAGUUACCAGCUGGUACAGUCAACUGAAGUGAUUAUGGCUUGUUUUGCACCUUUGUACAAUUGUUAUAAAAGAGACCAGUUAGAAAGCUUCUUUGCCCUAGCAAUUUAAUAGCUGUGCUCUGAAGAGUAACGUGCAUCACGCUAGUGAACUUUGAUGCUUUUCUCUUUCCCCUCACAAACACGGUCAAUUUUCCAGUUGUUUAGCCCUCACUUUCACACUAUUUCCAAACCAUCUAUGAUAUGGCAUAAUGUAGAAAAAUGCAAUUCCAAAUUAAUUUCCAGAAAAUUACUUCUCCAUGAUUAAGUGCGUAUUAUCACCGGGAUAUGCUUCAAACAGAUGUAAUUCUAUCUGUAUGCUUCAGAGUAUGGAGAACUCAUACUUGCCAUAACCAAGCAGAUGUUGUUUCAUCUGCUAGGGGCACGUUAACACUGAUUCUCAGAGAGACUUUUCAUCAGGCUCGUUUUCAGCUUAAGAGCCACGGAAACAACGCAGUCAAAUGAGCUCUGAACUAGGCAUUAAUUCAGAGAUGCUUCUGUAUGAAAUAUAGCUCAAGUUCCUUGCAAGUAAAACAACUGAUGAUUCUCUCAAGACAGUAUCGACUGUAAACACACUGACUGCUCCUAAGGAAGCUACCUCUUUCCUUCUUUCAAGCUGUUCAUUCACUUCUUUAAACCCACUUAAAUGUUCAGAUAAUAAACAUUAUGUAGUACAAGUCUUAGUAUGACCAAACAGAAAUGGCAGCAUUAUCCAGGAGGUAAGAUGAUUUUGUCUGUUUAAUUCUCAAUCUGUGAAGGACAAAUUCUCACUUAGCAACAACGGGAGGCAAGCUGUACCAUUGAAAACUUGAGAGUGAAGCUGUCUAUUCCAUAGCUGCAAUUAGAGUGAGAGUGUGGCUAGAAGUAAAGCUCUGUAAAUCUGUGGAGGAAAUGUCCCCAAGAGAUCUAGAUUCAUUUUGAGCAACAGCUUUUAGCAGAAUGUCAAGCAGCAGAAACAGACACAGCUGGUGUUACAGACCUCUGCUCUUCUCUGAGUUUCUGAGUACUUUCUACAGAAUACUACUUUUGCAGGAAUAAGUAAAUAAAUAAAAUCUUCCUGCUUAUACAGCAUUUAUCACUUAGCUGAGUAAUACUUUGCAAAUUCACUGGACCACACACAUCAAUAAUUAGACCGUUUUCAAAGUCGUCCCUUUCCUAUGUGCAUCUCUUAGCUCAUCCUAAUUUCUGGUACAACAUCCACAAACAUUUCUAGUACAGGUUGUUUAGUUGCUUUUGAUACAUCCCAGUCACUGCAUGGGGAAACAGACUCACCACAGGAAAUGCCAUCCAUCCAUCCAAGCUCAGACCACGUUGCUUUCCUACAGCAGCAGGAUCCAGGAAAGGAAUAUACAAACUAGAGUACAAACUUAUCCUUUCCAAAAUUAAUAGUUUCAGUUCUAGAGCAACAUUUCCAAUGACUUUAAGUAGUUUAAAUGAUUUUUUUUUUUUUUCAAACAUCUGACACAGCAAUGUUUCAGAGCCAGCCAUGUAACAGUUACAAUGUGUAACUGCAAUACCAAAGCACAUUUGCUGCAUCAAGACUGCAGAGUCCCCAGAACCAGCCAAAUCCACACUUUUAUCUCUCAUCCAAGAAUGUGUGUUUGCCUCACAGCCUGAGGAUAAAUGCUUCCUCUCACCUGUUAGUUCUGAUCUGCCAUGUACUAAGCCUCCAGCACAGCAAAGAGAAGCUGGUACUGAAGAGCACAAGGUCAUCCUGUUGUGCUGAGUUAUGAUUUAUGUUAGAUUUGACUUGUUUUGAGGAAGCCUGCUUGUAAGGAAGCUGACUUGUAGAAUAAAAUAACUUCUUCCAAUAAUCCUAUUAAGUGGAAAAGCUAUAAGGCAGGAGUAAAAGUCAUUAUAAAUACAUCAGAUAUUAUUAAGAGGGGAUACAAGAAAAGGUAUAAGUAACUUUCAGAAAUUAUGUAAAAGCAAUAUAAUAUUGUUCUGGGGUACUACCCAUACAGAUAUUGUGAUUACAUCUCUAACUGUGAAGUUACAGCAUGGCAGUAUGGCAAAUUUUGAAAAUAGACUUUUCUGGUGGGUGUGCACAGCACAGACAUUCUGGAAUUUCAGCUCCAUUUACUUAAAACGUUCAGCUAAAAGCCUGAUAGGAGAAGGGUCCACAAUGCUAAAAAAAGCCUAUGUUUACCUAUGAGUACUUAUUUUAUCACCACUAUUCCAGAAGAAGAUGAGCUACUUGCCUUGUAAAAUCAGGUUUUACCAUCAUUCACAUGUAGAAAAUUGUACAGAUAUCAAGAGCAAUAAUCAAAAUCCUUCAUAGGCAAUGCACUUUAUACUUUAUGAAUCAAAAGUGGAAUUCAGUACAAAGAAAGCGUGUAGUCAGCUCAUGGAAAUUAGGCAGAGGUAAGUGGUAAAAAGCCAUAACCAACAAUAAACGUUCAAAGUGUCCAGCUCUUACUGACCUCACUGGGAAAGAGACCCUUUUACAUUUCUCUGAUUCUGACCCCCAGCCCUCUAGUUCACUUGAUGUCAGGCCUGGAUUCUUUACUGAUUAUUCUGAUACCUUAAUAUUUUCAAUAACAACUUUUAACAUAGGUUUAUCCAAGAUUAGCUCUUGAUGCUGUCCUGCGCACUUGUGGCAUUGGAAUUUAGCCAAAAGCAAAAGCCUAUUCCAAGCCAAACUCAAACCAAAGCCUCCCACUGACACCAGCUGAACUAAGCAAAUCUAGUUCAAAUAUGAUCACAACUGAUUAGAUACUGCAAGGCAGCAAACAACAGAAUGUUUUAGAAAGAAGAUUUUAAUUUUUUUUGGAAGAAACAAGUUUUCUGAAAUACAUAAUCAGAACAUUAACACUAAGAUUUUAUUUUAAUAGAAAACUCACAAGGAUGUAGUAUCUGCCCAAAUAUGUAUCUCCAUAUUCUGCUGCAUGUUGCUGUAACAAGUUUAUUAGUCAUAGCUCUCAUUAAGGACAGAUGGUUCCUAGAGCAAAAAAUAUAGAAAAAUAAUCUGGAUUCAAGUCUAGAACACCUGUGACUUUUCAUAUGCAAAAAAAUAAAUCCAACUAGUCAUAGAAAAAUGGCUGAUAAGGAUGGAGAAUAGGGCUGUGCAUCUGAAUAGCCAUGACUAUGUAUACUCUAAACUUGAAUGAAAUGAGCAUUUUCAUAAAAAUAGUUUGUCAAUGAAAAAUACCAAUAUGUAAUACAUUCAGUACAAUUUAUAGGCAAGUCUAAAGAUCUCAGUUUAUGGAAUAAUAAGCUAAAAUCAAAUGUGCUGCUUUUUGAAAUGUUCUUGUAUGUAACAAUACUGUGUGCAUACAGUGUGCAUGCAU